CCUAAGGACUGGCUUCCGUCCGGGUCCGCUGUGUCUGGAUCCCGGGAGGCUGGGGACCGGGGGUCCGCCCCGAGCGGUCGGAGCGCGCCGGAGCUGGGAAGGGGCCUCCAGGAGGCCGGCCGCAGCCACGUCACGCCCAAGGUCACGCUGCAAAUGGCAGCCGUGGAGAUUUCGCUCUAACAGCGGGCUACCUGGACUUUGUCCCCAUCGAGCCCUGGAGGCCCAUGGCGCAUCGGCUGCAGAUACGACUGCUGACGUGGGACGUGAAGGACACACUGCUCAGGCUCCGCCAUCCUGUGGGAGAGGAAUACGCCACCAAGGCCCGGGCCCACGGGCUGGAGGUGGAGGCCGCCGCUCUGGGACACGCCUUCAGGCAGGCCUACAGGACUCAGAGCCACAGCUUCCCCAACUACGGCCUGAGCCAAGGCCUCACCUCCCGCCAGUGGUGGCUGGAUGUGGUCUUGCACACCUUCCAGCUCGCGGGUGUUCGAGACGCGCAGGCUGUGGCCCCCAUCGCUGAGCGGCUGUAUGAGGACUUCUGUAAGCCGUGCAGCUGGCAGCUGUUGGAGGGGGCCAAGGCCACCCUGAGACAGUGCCGAGAACGAGGUGUGAGGCUGGCAGUGGUCUCCAACUUUGACCGGCGGCUGGAGGACAUCCUGAGGGCGCUGGGCCUGCGGGAACACUUUGACUUUGUGCUGACCUCUGAGGCUGCCGGCUGGCCCAAGCCUGACCCCCGGAUUUUCCGCGAGGCCUUGCGGCUUGCUCGAGUGGACCCGGCAGGAGCAGCCCACAUUGGGGACAGUUACCACUGUGAUUACAAGGGGGCCCAGGCUGUAGGGAUGCACAGCUUCCUGGUGGUUGGCCCAGAGCCCUUGGACCCUGCAGUCAAGGGUUCUGUACCCCAAGAAUGCCUCCUCCCCUCACUGUCCCAUCUCCUGCCUGCCCUGGACCGCCUGGAGGGCUCACCUCUGGAACUUUGAGUCUGACGAGGGAAGUCGAGGGAAGUGGCUCCAGCGAACUAGAAGGCUCCUUCCUUUCUGAGAUCAGGCCUUUGCCUCUCUCCCUGCGGCGUCCAAAUGCAUUCUGACUAUAAAGCGGUGAAUGCAGGGCUUUGAGCCCGUCUCCACGCCUCUCAGGUGGUUUAUUUGUCACACCUGUGUCUUUCCCCCACCCCACCCCACCCCCCCCACCUACAAGAUUCACUGAGGGCCCAACUAGCUUCAGAACCAGGCACAUUCAAAAAUUUGUUUUAGCAGCAGGGCCCUAUUGUUAUGGGAGAUCUUACUGGAACCCCAAUGUGCAAAACAGCAAAAGCAAGAAACUUCUAGGGUUGAAACAGGUUCUAGAGCCCCACAGUCGGGCUCUGAAGCCUCUAUGACUCCCCGUGGGAAGCAGGAGAUCGGAGGAGCUUAGUUUGGAAAACUGGGGUGCUAAGCUGUGCUGUAGGGACAUGUCCUCUAGGACUAUAUAGUGUAAAUAGGAUCUCAGAGAAGGAGCACCCGAAUUACAUCAUGAGAAGAAACUUUCAUGCUUGCCAUGUGUUAGUCCUUUACAUGCAGAUAGAACCCUCAAAGCUACCUAAUGGGCAGAGGUAGCGGGACGUGCACUUUACAAAUGAGAAACGUUCAGAAGUUAAGUAGCCUGCCUGACGUUGCAAGGAGAGCUGUGGCCCUCGAGACGGUGCAGUGGCGAUCGUGGGAGAACAGGGAGGCUGUUCCACAGGAGGCCGGUUUUGAAGAGCACCCGAGUCACAGGUGUUAGCAUGGAGGUAGGAGAGCACAGGGAACGGGGACAGGAGCUUGAGGUGGCAGGAGUGUAGGACACAUGCGGGGAAUGACUAGAGACUGAAGGAAGUAGGCUGGGUUUUAAAAAUUCCAUGUCCCUUGGGCGCCUGGGUGGCUCAGUUGGUUAAGCGACUGCCUUCGGCUCAGGUCAUGA